AUGGCUUCCACCAAGGAUGUGUCCUCUGGGAGGGUGCCAUACAAAGGAUACAAGCUGUUGUCUGCAAGAGACGAAUUGCAUCAGAUGGAUGGUAGAAAGAGUGGAUCAGCCUAUAAGGAGCUCCUGAAUGUAUAUCCCCACAGAGAAAGAGCUAAAAACUUUGUGUUUCAUGCCCAAUCACAAAAUAGGGCUAGAGAUGUUGAGGAUGAUGAAUCGCAAACGGAAAACCCAUCAGGAACCUGGGACGAUUCAGCACUGGAAACAACCGCCAUUACACCUCCAAGAUUUUCAGAUUCUAAGAAACCAAGAGUUGUUUUGUAUUCAAAGAAAUCAUGGAUCAAAGAUUAUUUAGCCCUCAAUGCAGAGGAGGAAAUUGAAGCAGCUCAAUCAGGCAAUGACCGCAGUGAAAUUGAAAUCGACGUUGAUCUGCUUAUAGAAUAUUUGAUAACGCAAGGAUUCUCUGAAGAAGAUUUACAGUUUUUGAAAAGUAAUUUAGAUUAUGGGUUUGAUGAAAUCGAGCGGGAAUUAAGAAAGAUCAAAGACAACAACGGCAAAAAAAAUAAGCAUAUCUCGAUUGGAGGUGAACCAGGAGAUGACGAUAAAGAUAACAACGAUAAGGACAGUAAGGAAGAUAAUUCGCCAAAGAGCAAUUCGAAUUCGUUAAAGGCAUCACUUAAGAUCCUCUGUUUAACAUUUAUUUUAGUAACAUACAUAAUUUGA